AUGUUCCUUGUUUUUUGUUUGCUAACAUGUUAUUUUAUUUCUAAAUAUUAUCCUCUUUAUCCUUUCUCCUCAUGCUUCUCCUUUCUUCUCCUCCUCAUCCCUCUUCUUUUUUUCACUACCUUAACUUUCUCCUUUCUUCACCAACUCAUGCCUAAACUUUCUUCUCCUCCUCAUCUUUCUCCUUUCUUCACCUCCUCAUCCUUCUCCUUUCUUCACCUCCUCAUCCUUCUCCUUUCUUCACCUCCUCUUCCCUCUCCUUUCUUCACCUCCUCAUCCCUCUCUUUUCUUCACCUCCUCAUCCCUCACUUCUAUUCCCUCUCUCUUCUAUUCCGCCUCUCUCAUCCUUCCCUCUCCUCCUCCUCCUUCCCUCUCUCUCUCUGCUCUCUCAUCCCUCACUCUCCUCUUUAUUUCCAUUCUAUCUUCUCUCUCUCCGUUUUUGCUUUCUCGUCUUUCUGUUCUCUGUCUCUCUUUCUAUUCUAUCUUCUCUUUCUGUUCUGUUUUACCCUCUCUAUGUGUUUUUACUCUCUCUGUUUUCUCUCUUUCUGUUUUCUCUCUCUUUCUGCUUUUUCUAUCUCUCUUUCUAUUUUUUCUGUCUCUCUUUGUCUCUUCUCUCGCUCUGUUUUCUCUUUCUUUAACUGUCUGUUUUUUCUCUCUCUGUUUCUCUUUCUCCUCUCUUUUCGAUUGCAAGUUAUCCUAUAUUGCCAUCGGUGUACAACAAAUUUAAAGAAAUAUGCUAGAUUAUGA